AUGGCUAUUCAGUCAAUAUCAGACAUCUUCGGCUUCCACUCCCCAGCCGUACCUCGAUUCAACCCAGCUGAAGCCACUAUCCAAUCCGUCCACCGGGCUCUACUCGCAAAUAUAUCCAGCCCAGAGACUCGACUGACAUGCCGCGAGGUAGUAACGGCGUUUCUCACCCAGAUAGAAACAUACAACCCCCGUAUAAACGCCAUAAUAAGCCUGGAUGCAACCUCCCUUUCCGUCGCCGACGAGCUGGACGCCUGGCUUCAGGAUUCCCUAGAGGAUGACUCUGAUACCCCCAAGGACAACAGCAACAGCUGGAGCGAUAUAACAUCCCUCAUGCCACUGUACUGCAUCCCCGUGCUACUAAAAGAUAACAUCGACACAGCCAACCUGUCCACCACCGCAGGAUGUGCAGCGUUAUCCGGCUCCCCGCCGCCCGCACACGAUGCUCCCGUCGUCAAGGCCCUACGUGACGCCGGCGCAGUGAUACUCGGCAAGACAAACAUGCAUGAAAUGGCCCUUGAGGGCCUCACCGUGUCUUCUCUCGGUGGCCAGACGCUGAAUCCCUAUGACACCACCAGAACGCCCGGCGGUAGCUCAGGCGGUACCGGAGCAGCAGUGGCGUCUUCCUUUGCGGUGUUAGGCCUGGGUACAGACACGGUGAACUCACUGCGUAGUCCGGCGAGUGCGAAUGGCUUGUUUAGUCUACGGCCAACGCGUGGUUUGAUUUCGAGAGCUGGUGUGCUUCCUGUCUCAUAUACGCAGGAUACUGUUGGGCCGAUUGCGAGAUGCGUGUGGGAUUUGGCUGUGAGUUUGAACGUUAUGACGGGGGGGGAGUGGUUUGAUGAAAGGGAUAAUAUGACUGCUUUACGACCGCGGCAUGUUAGAGGGCUGGAUUAUACUGCUUCUCUAUCUAAGUACCAGGGGGAGUAUGGUGGUGAAAGUCUGCUGGGUGUCAAGUUCGGGUUGAUAGAGGGAUUCAUGAACCGCGCUGAUAACUCUGAGACAACGCCCGUCAACAAAGCUAUGUGUGCGAUGGUGUGUAAGCUUAAGAAGGCCGGCGCGAUUGUGAUACCCAUUACUGACUCGAUGUAUAAUUCUACUGCGAUAUUGGGCUUGGAUGUUCAAGCGUAUGAGUACCGUGAGAUGGUGGACGCUUAUCUCCAGGGUCUACAUGGGGAAGAAUCAAGAAGCCCACGGACAAUGGCGAGUUUGUACUCUGAAAUAGAUAACCAGGAAGACUCGUUCCUUGUUAUCCCACAUCAGUACCCCUUCAUUCAGUCUGCACUCGUCUCGUCUCCUCUGAACGUCUCAUACGCUCAGAAGCAACUUGCUAUCAACGCUCUGACACUGUCAGUCAAACGGACGUUCUCAUCCCUCAAUCUCGAUGUAUUGAUAUACCCCCAGCAACAGAAUUUGCCCGUUAGGAUAGGCUCGCGGAAUCAGUAUGGUAGAAAUGGAAUACUUGCAGCUCUGACGGGGAACCCUGUCGUCACUGUACCUGCUGGGUAUUCAAAUAGGGAUAUAUUCCGGAAUAUACCUUCUGGGGUCCCGAUUGGUAUGGAAAUUAUGGGUUUGCCAUGGGAAGAAGAGACACUCUUAAGCAUUGCUGCGAGGAUUGAAGCGUUGGAAAAGAUCAGGACGCCGCCUAUCCUUAAGGCAAAGAAGAGAAAGGGUGAUUAUGGAAAAUGGAUAGAGAAUACCCCGAAAGUGGUCCCCGAUAGGAAGAAUAUUCAUAGCAUGUAUCCUUUAGGGUUAUAUAGAGUAAAUUGA